AUGAAAGCUUUCUUGACUCGACCUAAACGGAAACCAUCUCCAGAGCUUCAACUAGAAAACGCGGAGCCAGAAGAGCCAACUGAAGUCAAGUUGGCACUAUUAUCGUCUCUGCAUCCACAGCUUGACCAAGAGGCUUUGCUUGACAUUUUACUGGCUCACGAUGGAUCCGUUUCCGAUGCAUCAGCGUCACUCAAAGUCCAAGUCCCUCUGAAGAAGGGUUCUCGAGUUAUUGGAUAUCAGCAAUCAUUAAAGCAAUACGCCUCCUCAAGUGGCUCUACCUCUUUAAAUAGUACACCUGCAAAGAAAAAGCUCAAGUCAAAAGCGGGAAGCACUCUACACCUAUACGACCCCGAAGAUGUGGCUGAGCAUACCCCAUGUACUAUCAUCCACAACUUUCUACCACCUGAAGAAGCGAAUCAGUUGCUAGUAGAGUUGCUAGAAGAAUCAAAAACAUUCGAAAAGAUCACCUUUCAGCUUUUUGAGAAUGUUGUGUCCAGCCCCCAUACGUCAAGCUUCUACGUCGAGAGCUACGACGAGAUUGAGCGCCAAAAGACCGAGUAUCACUACAAUGGUGGCAGGCUUACGGAUGUUCGGCGCAUCACUCCACAACUUGUGAAUGUGAAACCCAAGGUUCAAGAGGCUGUCAACAUGGAGAUCCAGAAACGGAUCAAGUCUCGGUAUCCUGGCGGCAAGAAAUUAAAGUAUCAAUCUCCGAACCCAUGGGUCCCGAAUUCAGCCUUUGUCAACGCCUACAUAGGUCCCCAGCAGAAUGUUGGCUGGCACUCCGACCAUCUAACAUAUCUCGGCCCUCGCGCCAUCAUUGGAUCGAUUUCCCUGGGCGUCGCUCGCGAGUUUCGUGUCAGGCGAAUAAUACCCAGGGACAACGAUACCAAAUCUGUUCAAAAUCAAGAUGCAGAGGCUCAGAUAGCGAUACACCUGCCACAUAACUCGCUGCUCGUUAUGCAUGCCGAGAUGCAAGAGGAGUGGAAGCACAGUAUUGCACCAGCAUUAUCUAUCGACCCACACCCUAUCUCAGGGACAACGCGUAUCAACAUCACAUACCGAGAUUACCGCGCCAACAUGCAUCCUCGCUAUACGCCUAGGUGUCACUGCGGACUGCCAUGUGUGUUAAGAGCUGUGACGAAGAAGAAGGACAACUUCGGCAGAUACUUCUGGAUGUGCUACGCCAACUCUCCUGGACAGGAGAACUGUGGCUUUUUUCAGUGGGGUGAAUUUGAUGAUGAUGGAAAUCCUCAGUUCAAGAAAGCUGCAGGUAUCAAGGCUUAG